AUGCGGCGGACCAACUCAGGCGUUAACCCUGGGAAAUUCCCACACUCCCAGCCCCAGGUUCACGGGCGUCGACCCCUACAAGCGACUCAACCCCUCACCCCGGUAACAGGACGGUGGGAUGCCACUGACCUUAGCCAGCGACCGCAUAGGAGCAGUCAGGUAGUGUGCCGUAUAAGAGAUAGCAAGGAGUAGGGAGGGUGGGGGGGGUUUGUUGUUCCUACGCUCCACUCGCAGGGGGGAAGAUGUCUCGCUCCGUUAAUGUGGGUCCAUCUCGAGCGCCGCUUGUGGGGAUCCGGUGAUGCCGCUGUCGGUGCGGGUGAGGGUAGAGGGAAAGCAAAGGAGGACAAGGGUAGCGGAGGAGGCGGGGAAAGCAAGGGCAGGGAUACAAGAACAAGGAGGACGAAGGAGAAACGAAAGGGGAGUUCCCGGGAGCGGUCUCUUAUGUAACCCUCGGUGAGCAGCAUCACCCCGUACUCAUGAGGAGACCCACUUGCCGCCUUUUCCGACUAACUACCUCCGUACCCGGACUGGAGUCGUCUCCCCACCGGGCCGCCAAUCUCCCGCUGACAACCUUCCCCCCCCGGAACCCAACCACGAUGUCCAUCCCACCAUACCCACGUACAUCAAGGCGCUGUCCUGGGUGUCUCACUGGGAGACCCAAUGGGUAAGUGGUUCGUUGGACUGCUAGAGCCAACUCAGCCCCCCUACGACUCGUGCCUCGUCAGGCCCGGACGUGGCGCCCCCCGCCGGAUCCGUUACAACACCUGGCGUCACGCGCACCGAGCUCUCACGACCUUCGAUUUUACUUGGGCCACUAUCUCACCGGGACAACCCGUCUCCCCCGCCCCAGGUGUAGGGCCACGCCCCGAACUAGGCCACGGGCCCCCAUCACUCCGCGAGCCUCACUGGGAGCCCGUGACGGUCGGCGCCCCCCAACCAAUCGACCGCACCGUAACGGUCAGUCUCGCGGAGUCAUCAGAACUCCCACCGGGAUCAAUCAUCCCAGGAGUGUAGGCCUCGCGCCUGAAUCGACCGCCACCGCCCCUCGGAGCCGCACAGCGCCACAAUCAAUCCUCUUCCUGCUAACCUACACCCUGUGUACUCCGCACGCACCGGGCCGCGCUCUCAGCCGGCACCCUGGCAGCCCGGGUCAGGACCCCACUCCAACGAGUCCCUGGGCCUACCCGAUGGACUGUCCUCGUGGUGAACCUGCCCCACGGUUAGGGCACAGGUGUGGUACCCCCUUCUUGGGGGGUCAGCACGCCGCCGGGUGGUGAACGUUGCGGCGGUUGGUAUGUGUCUGACAAGGUGUUAGCUAGUGCUUCGUGCUACAUCCGGCACCGCCAAAUACAAAAGUAACCUACAAUUAACUACACAACAGCUACCCACACAGCCCAACGAUGCCUACCUAUACUACUUAAGAAUUAUACAGCCCCACGAUGCCUUUCCUACUAUAGGACCUAAAUACAAUCUAAAUACAUCGUUUAAGCCUUACUCGACCAAAAGCCCCAGCGAUGAUAAAGCCAAACUGGCAGACUGCAACAGUAGCGAAAUUAAGUACAGCGCUACCAACAACCUAAGUUAAGAAAGGAGGUUAGAACAACAGCUGAAGUGGCAGCAGCUGGCCUCAAUUACAGGGGACUCUGUAAGCGUGAAAUAACAUUGGAAACAAGCUAACUACAGUUGAGUAAAAGUUACCGGUAGCUACCCGCUCCCGCUAGCUAGCUAGCUUUGUUGGUCCAAGUAGUGGGGAGGCUAGCCUCGUGCUCGCGGGAUGUUCCGCCGCCGAAUACAGUCCUACUACAAUAAUUACCUACAAUAACCUUCAAUAAAUACCUGAUGUUAAACCUACCAUAAUACCUAAACUUACAAUACCCUACCUACAAUCUAAAAGAUGGUUUAAAGCGUUACUCAACAACACCAUAUAAGAAGCCAAGCUUACUUCCGGCUAGAGAAACACAACCUCUCAGUCCGAUCCGAGGUUAUUGGAGGUAAAUAUUUUUAGGUACGGACUGUACUGUAAUGUAGCAAGUGUCUCAAAGCGAUGGGUCCUGGAAAACCUUGUAUAGUGCAUUGGGGUGAAGAGCUUGUCGCUGGUUUGAAUUGCUUGGCUUUCUCUGCGUUUUUUUUAACUUCUCACUUAAUUGUAGUUUCAAUAACUUGGUUAUUGAGUAUGAAAAAUGGUGAACAAUGUUGAACGGCAAAAGUUUCCUUGCCAAAUUAGUUUGUUUAAUAAUAACGUUAUACUACCUUAAUAAAAAAAAUAUAGAUAUCUAUUUUAAAAAUGGACUAAUAAAAAAAUUAGAAAAACAACCAGCUAAUAUUUUUAUGUGCUACACGUUCCCGACAGCAAGGGUGAAAAUACGGUAUAGUGUUACAUGACCCCAUGGGCUGCUAACAGAAUUUCUCCCUGUAUUUCCCACAUUGUUCCACUUGGGCAAGGUAGAAAAUAAGCUGUACCAUUCCCCACCUCUGUACUGGCUUCUCCUGCCACAUCUGGUAAGUUAUCAGAGCUCACAACAAAUUAUCUACACCAAAAAUGAUCUACUCCGUAAAAUCAAUGCUAUUCUCUCAUUCUUACAGAUACAGACCAUGAGACUCACUAAUUUGCUAAAUGUUAAUAAUACCCACACUAAUUUCUUUAAAGAUCAUAUCCUUGCACCUGUACAUUGAAUACUGCAUGCUGACAACUCAGUAGGAGUUAAAGAUAAUGUCACUGACCUUGGUCAGUGCUGAUUCUGUUGCUAGAGGAAGAUUUGUGGAGGCUAAUCCUGCAUCACUAACCUAGCCUACAUCUUUCUUUCACCCCCUGUCAGGGAGCCCACGUGCCUUGGUGAGGGAAGAUAUGGUCUUAGCCUGGGGGAGCAGUGGAGAUGGCCUGGCAGUCUGUCAAUCUAUGGUGACAAAGGAUGACAGGUGAAUAGGUUAAGGUGAAUGGGUACCUUUAAUUGAAGGGGAUGGUAUGUUCAGCUUUGGAAGCUAAUUCCAGAACCUAAAGGCUGAAGCGAGGUGCAAGGUGUGAAGCUGUAGGAAUCAAAAUGGCUCCAAUAUACAGUAUACUAUACAGGGGUCAUAUGCACAGGUCUUGAAGGAGGUAACACUCUUUCCAGCUAUGUCACCAGUACAUCAUCACCUUGUUAACAGCGCCCUGACAGAUAUCUUGAUCUUUAACAGUGUGACACUUACAAAUCCAAGACCUCAUGCCCCUUGUCUCUGUAUCACCUUAUCAGAUGUUCUCUCAUUCUAAUGGAGAGAACAUCUCGUGCACAGCAAGACAGACAGACAGACAUUAGGGCGGCAGGUAGCUUAGUGGGUAAGAGCGUUGUGCCAGUAACCGAAAGGUCGCUGGUUCUAAUCCCCGAGCCGACUAGGUGAAAAAUCUGUCGAUGUGCCCUUGAGCAAGGCACUUAACCCUAAUUGCUCCUGUAAGUCGCUCUGGAUAAGAGCGUCUGCUAAAUGACUAAAAUGUAAAUGUAAUUACGAGAGCGAGACAGUUUGUCUCUUUCCCGACAAUCCCCUCUGUGCACGAACCCUUACAUAUGGUAAUUAAACAUUAAAACACCUGCGGCUUAUAGUCCAGUGCGGCUUAUAUAUGUACACAUCAUUCAAUAGCAUUCAAUUUAGCUGCUGCGGCUUAUACUCCGGUGCGCCUUAUAGUGCGGAAAAUACGGUAUAUACAUACUGUACAUACGAUAAUUUUCCACUUGUAUCCAACUCUUUCUCCAAUACAAAACAAUGGCCUUUUUGGAUCUAGGAUGCCUUUGAUGUGCUGGGCUUCUCCCAAGAGGAGAAGAAUGGCAUUUAUAAGCUGACUGGUGCCAUCAUGCACUACAGCAACCCGAAGUUCAAGAAUAAGCAGCGGGAGGAGCAAGCAGAGGCAGAUGGCACUGAGGGUGAGUGCUGAGGAUUUAAAACCUCUCACUUCAAUAUACAGUUGAAUCUGAAACAUCCUAAAUUAGUUAGCAUGCCUCUUCCAAUCAUAAAACUUUCCCUUUCUAGAUGUCGACAAAGUCGUAUAUCUGAUGAGCCUGAACUCUGCUGACCUAAUCAAGGGGCUGUGUCACCCAAGGGUCAAAGUAGGAAAUGAGUGGGUCACCAAAGGUCAGAGUGUCAACCAGGUGACUCUUUAAAAGAAAUGUGAACAUAAAACUUCUGUAUAGAGUUGCUAAUAUUUUCAUGCCUGUGAUUCCCCAUUGAACAUGCUUUUUAGGCCAGGACUAUGUCCGAUCUGUGUCUAGGAAACUGUCCCUAUGCAUUUCUGUUGAGGCUAUGUUUUGGUAAUUUAUUUUCUCAAUAUUUUGUAG